AAAACUGAAGGAGACGCACAUUCAGAAGGAAGUUGGUGAGAAGAAACACUUGGAAGAUGGCUUCAAGAUUUUACAGCAUCACUGCUAAACUGUUAUCUGGAGAAACCUUUAAUUUCUCCUCUCUAAAGGGCAAAGUUGUCCUAAUUGAGAAUGUGGCGUCUCUCUGAGGGACGACCGUCAGGGAUUACACCCAAAUGAACGAGCUCCACGAGCGGUACGCCAGCAAGGGGCUCGUUAUCCUGGGAGUACCCUGUAACCAGUUCGGACAUCAGGAGAACUGCAAGAAUGAAGAAAUCCUCCAGUCUCUCAAGUAUGUCCGUCCUGGAAAUGGCUUCGAGCCAAAGUUUCAGCUCCUUGAGAAGGUUGAUGUGAAUGGGAAGGAUGCCCAUCCCCUGUUUGUGUUCCUGAGGGAGCAGCUCCCAUUCCCCAGUGACGACUCUUCAUCCCUGAUGGCCGACCCUAAGUUCAUCAUCUGGAGUCCAGUGUGCAGGAACGACGUGUCCUGGAACUUUGAGAAGUUCCUCAUCGGCCCAGAUGGAGUCCCGUUCAAACGUUACAGCAGGAGGUUCCUCACCAGCGACAUCGAUGGAGACAUCAAGAAGCUCCUUAACCAGGCCAACUAAGAAAUCCUCACAAGUCCCACCAUCCUACAGAUCGCACUUACACCAGCUGUGUUUAUUCAUCCCAGUUUUCUGUAGAUGGUGUUGGACCCUCUAACACCACCUGUGCUCUCUUGUAUGCGAUGACUGUGUUGUGUUCUUUUACUAUAUGAAGAUAUUCUCUGAAACCUCCCUAUGAGGAGAGUGUCUGAUGAAAUGUAAAAGGCAUGAUGUUUUCAGGCACAUCAGUUACAUGUAAAGCACGGCUGUGGUGUGAUGUAUGAGGACCAAUAAAUGAUUCAUUUUU